AUGGCUUUGGGACCCCUGGUUGCUUCCAUAAGUGGCUUGGCCGCGGUGGCCCUGUUGAUCUCGCGCGAGAUUGGUGGGUAUGACAGGCCAGACCGCUUCGUAAUAGUCACUUCUCCUACCACUAGAAACGUGCUGUGGGCCCCAUUGCCUUCCUUGCAUGACCUCACCUUGCCAGUGAAGGAUCGAUGGAUCCCGGAUGCGCAGAUUCUUAUCGACGGCAAAGCCAGCAAGUGCUGGGGCUGGACCUGCUCCGAGCAUUCAGAUCGCGGGCUGGAAGAGCCGACGGGGCUCGCGCUCUACCAAAAAGGGGGGGGAUCUGCGUGGCUCUACAUUUCAGACCCGAAGGUGGGCUUCCUCUACCGCUAUGAGGUGUCAGCCACCUGGCGUGGCCUCCAAGCAGACUCCCAGCAGCUCGUGGCAAGCGAUCUGAAGGAUAGCGCACACUGGCUUGCCGUGGACAGUUAUGGCAACUUGUUCUACACAGAUUCCAAGGCUGGAGUGGUCUCCAUGAUCAGUUCCGAGGACAUGUCCAAGGGUAUUCCGAAGGGCAGGGCACUCCUGAGCUCCGAGAAGCUUGAGUACAUAGCUGGCCCAGCUGGCCUUGCGGUGGAUGCAGUGGAUGUGUACUGGGCAAACCUGAAGGGCGACCAAAAGAAAGGCACCCUGUUGAAGGCUUCGCCUGGCAAACCAAAGUCUGCCAAAAUCCUGUCCGGGACGAGCGACAUGUACCAGGCCAUGGUCAAAGAUGUCUGCCUGGCUGGUAGCAACGUGUUUUUCACCGGUGAUGGCGAAUCAUUGUUUGCAGUCAAGGCAGAUGGUUCCGGCAACGUGACGGAAGUGGCACGCUUGCAACAACCACGGGGCUGCGCUUAUGACAAGGAAAACACUCUUUUCGUUGCUGACAGCGGCAGCAACGCCGUCGUGUCGCUUCCCGCCAACAUGGUGAACCCACGUGCUGUGAGAAACGUCACCAAGGUGGCGUCAAUGCGGGGCCCUCACCAAAUCGGCGUGUUCUUUGGUCCUUCUUCAAGCAAGUUCUUGCAGCAUCUGUCCCAGUAG